UUCUAGAUUCGCCACCAUAGCUAGUUACCUUUAAGGUGCACCAUCACACAGUGAAUUCUCACCCCUUCUCCAUUUCGUCUACAAAAAAAGGGGGAAGCAAAAGCAAACCGUUUAUUCUGUUAACUCCCUCCACUUCUCUCCUCUUCUUCAAAGUCUCACCUGACUCCAUUGAUAGCUAACUUCUAGGGUUUUCAAGAUGUGGGGCUUCGAUGACUGUUGCAGUCGCUAUCAAACUAGCGACGGGUUCGUGUACAAUCACGUGGCGAAGAAUCCUUCUUCGUCUUCUGAUGACAACUUGCAGAAACUUGGCUUCGACCUUGACGUGAGCACCACGCAACAGAGUAACGCUUCCUCCGAUGAUGCCACCGUCAUCGCUUCUAUGUCCGAUAGGUUGAGUCUUCGUGCGACAGUCAAGAAUCAGGCUACUGAGAUCUCAGAACAAAUAAAGGGACAAAUAAACAUACUCAACGUUCGUUUUGCUGCUUCUAUCUACAUAGCCUGUAGACAAAAUGGCAUGGCGUUGAGUAUCAAAGACAUAUCUUCUGUUGCCGAUGGAGCAAAACAGUCUAAGAUUACCAGUGCAGUCAGAUCCGUAGUUGACAAACUUGGCCUCCCUCCUCAGUUGAUACACAUCCGAGCUGCUGAGUUUGCAAAGCGGUAUUCCAUUGACCUUCAAAUGAAUAGACAAGCCAUUAAAGCUGCUGAAGAAGCUGCAGAAAGGUGUACUGACCAUGUUAACAGAAGCAGGCCUCCAUCAUCAAUCGCAGCUGCAGUCGUCUAUAUCAUUGCUCAACUUUCUUAUGAGAAGAAGCUGCUCAAAGAUAUUAAAGAAGCCACUGGAGUUCAUGUAGUAAAUACGAUAAAAGGAACAUACAAGGAUUUGUAUCCACAUCUGCCAAAGAUAAUACCAACGUGGUUUGCCAACGCAAAUGACCUGAAAAAGCUUCACAGUCCCUAGUGUAUCUCCAUCUACGAGGA